UCUCCUCCCUCACAAGUAGCCCACGCAAAAAAAGGAAAACUAGAGAGGGAAAAAAAAAAUGAUGAAGGAGGAGAGUACCACUACUAGUGUUCUGGAAUUGGGAAGCAACAACGGCAAGAAGUCGGCCCGCUCGCACGACCGUGCGUGGGUGUGCGAGGCGUGCGAGAGCGCCCCGGCGGCCUUCAUCUGCAAGGCCGACGCCGCGUCACUUUGCGUCGCCUGCGAUGCCGAGAUCCACUCGGCCAACCCCCUCGCUCGCAGGCACCACCGAGUCCCUAUUAUGCCUGUAGCCGGAUGCCUAUACGGGCCCCCGGCCGUGGAUCCAUGCCUUGGGCCUGAUGCCGAUGACGGGUUCUUGACCCAUGAGGGGGUCGACGACGAGGACGAUCAAGAUGAGGCAUCUUCGUGGUUGUUGCUCAAUCCAGUUAAGCAUAACAAUACUAAUAACCAGACUGGUACUGGGUUUUUGUUCGGAGGAGAAGUGGUGGAUGAGUACCUGGACCUUGAGGAGUACAAUUCGGGUCAAGAGAAUCAUCAGUGCACAGAAGAGUACAAUAACCAGCAGCAGCUGAAGUAUGGUAAUGUUGUUGUUCCUCAGAAACGCUAUGGAGGUGAUAGUGUUGUGCCAGUUCAGAGUGUAGAUACAAAGGGUCAGAUUCAGCAGCAGCAAUAUCUUAGUUAUCAGAUGGAGAUGGUGGAGUAUGAGAACCCCAAAACUGGGUAUGGCUACCCUGCAUCAAUAAGUCACAGUGUCUCCAUGUCAUCAAUGGAUGUUGGUGUUGUUCCAGAAUCCACAAUGAGUGAUGUCUCAAUUUCAAACCCGAGACCUCCCAAAGGGACAAUUGAACUUUUCUCGAGCCCUCCUACUCAUGUGGCUACCCAACUAACUCCCAUGGACAGGGAAGCAAGAGUCCUAAGAUAUAGGGAGAAGAAGAAGACGCGGAAGUUUGAGAAGACAAUUAGGUAUGCCUCAAGGAAGGCGUACGCAGAAACAAGACCUCGGAUUAAAGGCCGAUUUGCAAAGAGAACAGAUGUAGAAGUUGAAGUUGACCAGAUGUUUUCCACAACACUAAUGGCAGACGGUGGAUAUGGCAUCGUUCCAUCAUUUUAAAUCUGGAAACAAGGGCCUCGCACGCGGUGGUGCUGUUCGGGGGCUCUCUGAGAGUUACCAGCUACUAUUUCUAAAGCUACGUUGUUACUGUAUCUCCCUUAAUCUAAUUUGUUUGGCUAGUAAUGGAAAAUAUGCUUACUAAUUCUGUAAA